UUUGAUGAACUCGGUCUCUCCGGCUGCUGUUGCUCUCGGAAGAGCCGUUCAGACUAGACACGCUGCUACCUCCUCCAACUCCUCCGACCCUACCAAGCUCCUCGCCCAGCAGCGUCUCAACCGCCCCGUCUCUCCCCACCUUAGCAUCUACCGUCCCCAGAUCACAUGGAUCGGCAGUAGUAUCCACCGUAUCACCGGUAUUGCGCUGUCCGGAAGUCUCUAUCUCUAUGCCUCUGCCUACCUCGCCUCUCCCAUGCUCGGUUGGGACCUGGGCUCUGCCUCCGCUGCCGCCGCUUUCGCCGCUCUCCCUGUUGUCGCCAAGGUUGCCCUGAAGACUACCAUGGCCCUGCCUUUCACCUACCACUGCAUGAACGGAGUGCGCCACCUGAUUUGGGAUACUGGUGCUGGUCUUACCAACACCCAGGUCAUCAAGUCCGGCUGGACUGUGGUUGGUCUGAGUACUCUUAGCGCUCUCAUUCUUGCUUUCCUGUGAACUAUUGUGACAUACCUCUGAUUCCUGUUGUGUUUUAAAAUUGUUUUCGUGCAAUAUAUUUUAUACCAGUCAAUUGACGACUGUUUUUGGAUUAAACUUCACAUGUUUCACCGCAAACUCUUGAGCUUCGUCUCACAGUCCUAGCCGUGGAGUUUUGUCGGCGUGUAGGGGAUAUUUGAAACAAAGACUAAUGCCUUAGCCGUGACCCCCUACAACUGCCUGGAGGGGAAGGCGGAGCGAUGGCCUUGAUUCCACGGAACGUACUUGUCGAUAGGUAUGUCCUAAAGCCAUGAUUUUGGAGAUCUACGCAAUCUUAGGUCAUGACUGGUAUGGCUCUCAUGCAGAAACUGGCCGUGUCAUUGUCUAGUGUGCAUUCUACUCCGUGAACUCCUCAAAUCAAAGGACAAUAAUAAAAGCAAUCCGCCACGCCUCUAUGUCCGUUUCCCCCAUGACUUUGGCUUGAGAGCCUGGCAGUUGACAUGUCUCAAGG